AUGGGCGGGCCGGGCGGCUGGCCGCGGGACGCGCCCGCGCUGCUCAGCACGGCGCUGCUGCUAGGCGGCGCGGGCGGAGCGGCCUCGUUGGUCGACCGACCGCCGCCGCCGCUCUUCACCAUCGACAGCAUCCUGGCGCCGAGACCCCAGCCUUCGAUGCCACCGCUGCAGCUUCAUCAUUUGGCCCAUUCCCCCUUUCAAAGGGCGCACGAUAUCUUUGGUGUAGGAAACGUGGUGACGUCAGCCGGGAGCUACGCGGGUUUGUACGGAGGCUACGCUGCGGCCGCCCUAGCUGGUCUAUCCGGCCCUCCGCCAAAACGCAAGCGCCGACACCGGACCAUCUUCACAGAAGAACAGCUGGAACAGCUCGAGAGCACCUUCGAUAAGACGCAUUAUCCCGACGUUGUUCUCAGAGAACAACUCGCGUUGAGGGUCGACUUGAAAGAAGAACGGGUUGAGGCGGAAAGUUUAGAAGAAGCAAAGGGGUCUAAGUGUCAAUAG